GGUACAUGAAGCGCCGCUCUGAGGAAUAAAUAAGGGCAGGGAAACCGAACCGCAAUGGGACAACUCUUAUUUUGGUCUAUUUCGGCCUAAAAAUAUCCCAAAAUGGCUUUUAUCUUUGACGGGGUGUCAUUAGACGGUUUUUAGAGGGCUUCGGGGAUCUGUUUGGCUACUGAAAGGGACUGAGAAAGUUUAGAAGGAAACGAACUUCGGGGACGUACAGAGGCGGUCAUGGAGGAUUUCGGUUCGGCGCUGGAGAAGAACGUGGCGGAUCUGACCGUGAUGGACGUGUACGAUAUCGCCGCGGUCGUGGGCCAGGAGUUCGAGCGCAUUAUCGAUCAGUACGGAUGCGAGGCUCUGUCCCGCCUCAUGCCCAAAGUGGUCCGGGUGCUGGAGAUCCUGGAGGUUCUGGUGAGCCGGAACAGCAUCAGUCCAGAGACCGAGGAGCUGCGCCUGGAACUGGACCGGCUACGACUGGAGCGGAUGGACCGGCUGGAGAAGGAGAGGAAACAUAAAAAGGAGCUGGAGCUGGUGGAGGAUGUGUGGAGAGGAGAAGCCCAGGAUCUGCUGUCCCAGAUCGCACAGCUGCAGGAGGAAAACAAAACGCUGCUCAACAACCUGUCCGUCAAAGAGUGUCCCAUGACGGAAGAGGAUAUACAGAAACAGGAAGGCAUGACUGAGAGGGAACGGCAGGUGAUGAAGAAGCUGAAGGAAGUUGUAGAUAAACAGCGAGACGAGAUCCGCGCCAAAGACCGUGAACUGACACUCAAAAACGAGGAUGUUGAAGCGCUCCAGCAGCAGCUGAACCGGCUGAUGAAGAUCAACCAUGACCUGAGGCAUAAGAUCACAGUGGUGGAGGCCCAGGGUAAAGCGCUGAUCGAGCAGAAGGUGGAGCUGGAGGCGUCUGGUCAGGCCCGGCAGCAGGAGCUGGGUAAUCUGCGACAGGAAGUGACCCGUCUUAAGGAGCGGCUUAAAGAGCAGGGCAAGACCAGCGCUGAGCCGGAGGAGCCUGUAGGACCACCCUCACCUGCACAGUCGUCUAAAGCGGCCCCUUCCUGGGGUCAGGAUUUAGCUUCUGAGCUCCUCGCUGGGGGCCUGGAGAUAGAAGAAGGUCCCCUCCAUUUCAUCCCCUGCACUGGGGCCCCAGGAGCUGUGACAGAUGACGGUGAGGAGGAGAAGGACGAUGAAGAGGCUGCGUUUUUAUGGGAGGCGUUGUGUGAUGAAGAUUUGUCCUCUAUAGAUCCAAAAGACCCGAACCGCCCGCGAUUUACCCUGCAGGAGCUGCGUGACGUCCUGCAUGAGCGCAAUGAGCUGAAAGCUAAAGUCUUCAUGCUACAAGAGGAAAUUGCAUAUUAUAAAAGUGACGAACAGGAGGAGGAAACAGGCCCGCCGCUGCCAGACCCAUCUCCUACCCUUCGGCCAAGCUCGCGUGCCAACUUUCAGCCUGAGUCAGGGAUAAAACGACUGUUUAGCUUCUUUUCCCGCGACAAAAACCGAGGCUCUCAGAGGAGGAUGCCGCAGAUGGGCGACGGCUUCGGUUCGUGGGCGGGGAAAGAUGACGUGUACACAGAACAGGCCCAGGAGGCAUUACAGCACAUGUAACGAACACAACGCUCCACUAACCGCUAACCUGCACCAUGUGACCGUACGCCACGUUUACGCUCCCUUUCAUGGUCGACUUUCACAGCACAACGUCUGCAAGCAGAUGAGACGAGAGCUCACAAAGGGAACACGGGGGGACGGGGCCGUUUAGAGUUACUGAUAGAUCGGGGCCCUCACCUUCACCCAAAGAUACUGUGAGGGAGUUUUAUGUGCCUAUUUUGUUAGAUAGUUAGACAUUUUAUUGCUAUUGCAAACGAUAAGUUACUGUAAGUAGAUGACGUGGACAAAGUAUUCUGAUGACGCUUAAAGAGAAGAUGCCUUCAGUAGAUAGGAUACAUAUCUAUUUUUAAUUCAAAUUGAAUUAUGAGUGAGAAUAUGCACGUGGCUGACGAAAAAAGGUGAGGUUUUAAUUUUUAGUUGCUACGCCCAGGCCAGAGAUUGUCUGAAAUGUGGCAUUAUAUGUUGAAUUAUGUUUAAAUCCUUUUUUCUGAAAUUGCACAUUAGCCUGAUUCUUUUUGGCACAAUGAAAAAUUGAGAAUUUAAAGGAAAAAGAAGUAUUUCAUUUCUAUUGACGUGCAAUCAUCACAGAAAAUAAUUUUAACUUAUCCCUCAGUUUGUAACAACAAACAUACAUUGUAUUUACAGUAAUGCACUUGAUGGAAGUGUAUGAGGCAAAACAUUAAAAUCAGCCUUUAUAUUAAUUCUUAUGUUCAAUAAAUAUUUGCAUAUUUAUUUUUUGUUACUUCACCAUUUAAAGAUCACCAAGGCUGCAUUUAUUUGAUCAAAAAUACAGUAAAAACAGUUAUAACGUGAAAAAUUAUUUCUAUUUAAAAUAACUGUUUUCUAUUUAAAUAUAUUUUACAAUUAAAUUUAUUUCUGUGAUGCAAAGCUGAAUUUUCAGCAUCAUUACUCCAGUCUUCAGUAUCACGUGAUCCUUCAGAAAUCAUUCUAAUAUGCUGAUUUGCUGCUUAAAAAUCAUUAUUAUCAAUGUUGAAAACAAUUUCAUAUGCUUACUGCUUCAUAUUUUUGUGCAAAAAUUAUUAGCUGUCAUUUUUGAUUAAUUUAAUGCAUUCUUGCUGGAUAAAAGUAUUAAUUUCCUUAAAAAAAGAAAUCUUUGCUGAUGCCAAACUUUUUAACAGAAGUGUAUUAUUUCAAAACGGUGUGUAUUAUAAUACUUCUCCUGUUGCAAUGUCUCAUGCUUCUAUUUUUUGUUUUUACAAACUGAGUGGCAGGUCAAAUUUAUUUUCUGUAGUAAAUGAUAGCAUGUUACAGGUUCUGAGUUUAAGUCUUUAUACCCUGGAAUCAUGAAACAAAGCUUUACAUGCCUUGAGUGUUUCUGCAGCGCAUUAAAGCAGAACGAUAUUAAUAAUCCAUAGUUUACUAUUGGCAUCCGAAAUAUCUAUCACAAGGACGGAUGUCAUUCACCAGCGGUUUUGCAUUGCUUGAAUGGUGCUUUCACUGGCAAUAAUAGAAGUGUUGAGUGAAAGCAUGUUAAAGUGUGUUGAAAAAGGCAGCUUUGUAAGCUACAAAAAUAUAUGCCUGUGGGCCUUAAUUCAAUUGUUGAACAGCUAGUACGUCACUCAGCUGAGAAUGAUAUCCAGCAGCAAGAACUGGAUCAAAUGUAUCGUUAUGAAGGAUUAUGCAUAACUCAUCUCAUUGUGUAUUAAACUAUUUUAUACCAUG